GUUGAUCGAUAAUGUUUUUCCCUUUUUUUUUUUUUUAUAAAAAAAUUAGGAGAGGAAUUUUUUAUCACACUUCAUCUACUUAUAAGUUUUAUUACAAUGUCAUUAUUUCCAGAGCAUAAUUCAAAUAUUUUACAGUUUACACCUUUUACCUUUGAACCUCCACCAGUUGACUAUUCGCAAUUCGAGGGUAUAAGCUCAUUUCCUUCUUCAACACAAUUCUAUGAGGCUUCUGUUAUUACUGAAGCUUUCUUAAAGGAAGACGCGUAUCUUGGCAAGGGAAAAGGAAAACAAGUUGAAGAAAAUGACCUUAAACCAGAAACUCGGAAACAAACUAUCUUUCUUAACCCACUUUUUAAAUAUGAUUCAAAUUUUUGGUCUACUUCAAAUCAAAGUACUGGAGUUAAAUUUCAUCCUACUCGUUCAAAAGAUUUUGCGUGUUAUGUUUUUGGAAAGGAGCCGAAAGAGAAGGUCAAAAAAGAGAGUUUCACUUUGGAUACUCAAAUUUAUAAUUGUUCCUUAGUACAUGAUAUAGACUCUCGAAGAGUAUUUUACAAUGAAGCUUUUUCUAUUUUCCGAGAAGCAGCCAGAGCACCCUUUAGCAAAGAAUGGCGCGAAAAGUCGAUGCGAGAAAAAUUACUAUGUGAUAUCUCAUGGAAUUAUGUAAACGCUAUCGUGAAUCAUAUUAAGAGUCUUCAAGAGAUCCCAAUUAAAGAUAAACAAAUCCAGAAUGAAAUCAGUACAUUUAGAGAUAUGAUGGCCAUUUGGGAGUUAUGUCGAAUUAUGUAUUUCAUCAAAUCUGAAAGAUAUCAGAGAUUAUCAACAGAUUUAUUGACUUGGUUAAAUGAAUGCUACCCCUUAGGAGCUUUAACAGAAGAAGAAUUGAAUGAGUUAAGAGAUAGUCCUAAUCUUCGUAACACUGUGACUUUCUGGUCAAGAUUAUAUAAAUUAAUUCUUCGCGGUUUGUUUCCACAAGCGAUAAAUUUUUUAAGAAGUAUAAUUAUGGCAGUGGAAAUUACAAGUGAUCAAAUCAUUAAUAGAGAAAUUAUAAUAAAUGAUAUUAUACAAUCCGUUAUAAAGUGCAUAAAAUCUAGACCAAAAAUGUCUUCAUAUGAUACAGGUUUAGCUUGGAGAAAUUGGCUUUCGCAGUGCUCACAAUUACAAAAAUCUAUAAUUCUGGAGAAUAAAUUUUUAGAGGAGAAUUUUAUUAUGAUUCUGAAAAUAUUAUCCGGUGAUCCUGAUGCCAUUCUAGCUAAAAGUUCUUCGUGGUUGGAAGGGUUAGUCGCCCUAGUUUAUCAUAAAUAUCCUAAAUGUGAAACUUCAGAUGUAAGAUCUACGUUAGGGCCGGUUUUUAUUAGAUUCUCUGUACAUCCUGAUCCCACUAGCCAGGCUCUAAAACGAAUUUUUUAUCAACGUAUUGAUGACGCAUUAAGCUACUGUAAACAUAUCGAUCCGUGGUUGUUAUCACAUUUAACAGACUUACUUUGCAAAACCGACCUGGAUGAAACAAUAGGCGGAAAGAGCUUAUUGUUGCAUCAGCAUCGUGAAGGUUAUUUAAUUAAAUUUGCGGAACCAUUAUUAACGCACUCUACACUAUGGCAGGUUGGGUUUAAAUAUUUGGAGCAUUGCGAGAAAUUUGGAAAAGUAUUUAUGGAAGAAUUUGUUGGAAAAAUUCCCUUUGAUAACGAGAGAAAAUUCGAGAAAAUAUUAAAGAUUUGUGAAGAUAAUGGAUUAAAAUUCGACGAGAAGUGUAUCAUUACGACUAUGGGCACCAAAUACAUGCAGAUAAAGAGAUAUGCUUCAACUAUUAUUUAUUAUAUGCGAGCAGGAAAAGACGAAAGUCUUAAAGCAAUUUGUAAUAUAUUUCUAACACAGUAUGUUGAAUCUGGUAAAAUUAUGUUUAGUGAAGUACUUGAUAGUAUUCCUGUUGAUAAAAAUUCCAAUGAAUCGGUUAACUUUCUGUCAAGAUAUAGAUUGUAUCAUUCUUUAAUCCAGGAUGAAUUUUAUGUCCAAGCAGCACAAGUACUAGUUGAAUGUUUACGCUCUGAAAUAUCACCAAAAGAAUUUUGGGGCGUAUUAUUGUUUCAUACAGUACCAUUAAUGAAAUUAGGCCGAAGAAAAGGGAUAAAAUUAUUCGAGAAGAUACAUAUUGACGAAUUUAUAUAUUAUUGUUCUCAAGUACUUGAUAAAAGAAUAGAGGAUUCAUGGUUAAAAUUAGUACAAAGGAUGAAAAGAUGGCAUUAUAAGGAGACUGGUUAUUUUGACAUUUCGGAAGAUCUGAAUCCAGUAAAGAUUGAGUGUGAAAGAUACAAGAAAAAUUUAGAAAAAAAUCAUUCUGUUUAAAAGGACUUUUACAUAGAGUUGAAAAUGGGAAUGGUGAAUGUUACUGUACUAUAUGAAUAAAAAUUUAUAAAAUUUGAAAUA